AUGGGAGAAUACCCGGCGCAUCAUUUUCCACUCAUGCUCAACGUCCUCCUGAUAUUUGUGCCGGCCGGCAUCGCCGUGCACUUCGCUGGUAUCAACGACAGUGUGGUCUUCGCCCUCAAUGCCGUCGCCGUCAUACCGCUGGCCGGUCUUCUGACAUUCGCCACGGAGUCUGUUGCUCAUAGGAUGGGACCUACCCUCGGAGCACUGAUCAAUGUCUCUUUCGGCAACGCAGUCGAGCUCAUCAUCUUCAUUAUUGCGUUAGUCAAGAAUGAGAUAAGAGUCGUUCAAGCCGCCCUGGUUGGAUCAAUUCUUGCCAACCUCCUGUUGAUCCUGGGCAUGGCGUUCGUGGCAGGUGGACUUCAGUACCGGGAGCAAGUAUACGACAGUCUCGUCACACAGAUGUCGGCAGCGUUGCUCGCGCUAGCAGUACUCAGCUUGCUCAUCCCGACUGCAUUUCACGCAUCUUUUGACGACAUUGAGGCUGGCGACGAGGCCGUGCUGAAGCUAAGCCGAGGAACAGCCGUGAUUUUGCUGCUUAUGUAUCUGCUGUACCUGGCUUUCCAACUCAAAUCUCAUGCCUAUUUAUACCAAGGCAUCCCGCAGGCCGUCAUCGACGCAGAGACCCACCCAGGACCUGGCCCAGGGAUACUCGCCAGGAUGAACUCUAGCAGUACCUCGUCCUCCUCGACAACGUCGCUAUCGACUGCAUCAGGAUCUCAGAGACGAGUCAGAAAAAGGCUCAACAUCAAAAAGCUGGGACGACGCAGGAAGGAGGUCGAGAUUGAGGAGCCACAGCCAGACGCGGCUGAACCCGAGACGGAGAAGAUCUCUGAUGCAGCCACUUCCACGACUGCCGACUUCAACGAGAAGGGCAAAGAGCCACUGGCUGCUCCAGUGCGUGCUUCAACAACACCACACCCCACCACGCCUGGCCAGACCCGACCGAGGAUGGGACUUAAGCAACGCUCUUUCGCACCUCCCGUCUUCCGUUCCCAAUCACAGAACAAUACAAAUUCGAACAGCUAUCCAAUUCGUCGCCUGCGUUCAGAGGCCGCCCAGAGCUAUCCACCGCUGACCCUUACACACUCGCCAGGCGCCCUGACCCCACGUGCUUCCAAUCUCGCAGCAGCAGAGAAUGCCAAUGGCGGCGACGAGUCCGAUGAACCCGAGCUCUCUCAAAUCACAGCGAUCAUCCUUCUGUUGAUCUCAACGGCCCUAGUCGCCCUUUGUGCCGAAUUUCUGGUUGGUUCCAUCCAACACAUGGUCGAGUCGACUCCCCUCUCGGAGGCCUUCAUAGGCCUGAUCAUCCUGCCGAUCGUCGGCAACGCAGCCGAGCACGUUACUGCGGUCACUGUCGCCGCCAAAAACAAGCUUGACUUGAGUCUCGGGGUGGCCUUAGGGUCGAGUAUCCAAAUUGCACUAUUCAUCACACCCCUUGUGGUUAUUAUUGGCUGGAUUAUGGACAAACCCAUGACUUUGUACUUCAAUCUGUUCGAGACGGUGUCGGUGUUCGUCAGUACCUUUGUUGUCAACUUCUUGGUUCUGGAUGGACGGAGCAAUUACUUGGAGGGCGCCUUGUUGUGUGCUUGCUACAUCAUCAUUGCGGUGGGAGCGUAUUUCUUUCCGGACAGCGAAAAUCAAAACCCCAGUACCGGAACGGCGACGGGAGCCGCGCGUUAG